CGCCAAAUUGAGAGCACGCCCUCAGAGAUCAAAACAAAGCUGAGAAACAAAACCAGCUCGGUUUUGCGAGAUCUCGAUUUCUAGCGUGAGCAGAGAGAGAGAGAGAGAGAAAAUGUUCAUCGAGAGCUUCAAGGUCGAGAGCCCGAACGUGAAGUACACGGAGAAUGAGAUUCACUCCGUGUAUGAUUACGAGACGACGGAGCUCGUCCAUGAGAACGUUAAUGGUGCUUACCAGUGGAUUGUGAAGCCGAAAACUGUCAAAUACGAAUUCAAAACCGAUGUUCAUGUCCCAAAAUUAGGGGUUAUGCUUGUGGGUUGGGGAGGAAACAACGGUUCCACCCUUACCGCCGGUGUAAUUGCUAACCGAGAAGGAAUUUCGUGGGCUACCAAGGACAAAGUGCAGCAAGCGAAUUACUUCGGCUCACUCACUCAAGCAUCGUCCAUUCGUGUCGGGUCGUACAAUGGAGAAGAGAUCUAUGCCCCUUUCAAGAGCCUUCUUCCUAUGGUGAACCCUGACGAUGUUGUGUUCGGGGGAUGGGACAUAAGCGACAUGAACUUGGCGGACGCCAUGGCAAGGGCCAGGGUUCUUGACAUUGAUCUGCAGAAGCAGCUCAGACCUUACAUGGAGAGCAUGGUUCCACUCCCCGGGAUCUACGACCCUGAUUUCAUCGCUGCAAAUCAGGGCUCUCGUGCCAACAGCGUCAUCAAAGGCUCCAAGAAGGAGCAAGUCGAUCAGAUCAUCAAGGACAUCAGGGAGUUUAAGGAGAAGAGCAAGGUUGACAAAGUUGUGGUGCUGUGGACAGCAAACACAGAGCGUUACAGCAAUGUGAUCGCUGGUCUAAACGACACAAUGGAGAACCUCUUGGCUUCUGUCGACAAGAACGAGUCUGAGAUCUCACCUUCAACACUUUACGCCAUCGCCUGCAUUUUCGAAGGUGUUCCUUUCAUCAAUGGAAGCCCCCAGAACACAUUUGUCCCAGGUCUUAUCGAUAUGGCCAUCAGGAGAAACUGCUUGAUUGGUGGGGAUGACUUCAAGAGUGGUCAGACCAAGAUGAAAUCCGUCUUGGUCGAUUUCCUCGUUGGUGCUGGUAUCAAGCCUACAUCGAUUGUGAGCUACAACCAUCUGGGGAACAACGAUGGAAUGAACCUCUCAGCCCCACAAACGUUCCGCUCAAAGGAGAUCUCAAAGAGCAAUGUCGUGGAUGACAUGGUUGCCAGCAAUGGCAUCCUCUAUGAGCCCGGUGAACACCCUGAUCACGUUGUUGUCAUCAAGUAUGUGCCGUAUGUGGCGGAUAGCAAGAGGGCGAUGGAUGAGUACACGUCGGAGAUAUUCAUGGGAGGGAAGAGCACGAUCGUGAUGCACAACACUUGCGAGGACUCUCUCUUGGCUGCUCCCAUUAUAUUGGAUCUUGUUCUUCUUGCUGAGCUCAGCACCAGGAUCCAGCUCAAAGCUGAAGGAGAGGGAAAGUUCCAUACUUUCCACCCAGUGGCCACCAUCCUCAGCUACCUCACCAAGGCACCACUGGUGCCGCCAGGGACGCCGGUGGUGAACGCGCUGUCGAAGCAGAGGGCAAUGCUGGAGAAUAUACUGAGGGCGUGCGUUGGGCUUGCGCCCGAGAACAACAUGAUCUUGGAGUACAAGUGAACCAGACCAUGAAGAACGCUGUUCAUCUGUUUCUGUUUAGUAUAAAACUGUCUGUGGGGUUUGAAGUCGUUCCCUUUGUAUUGUUUCUGUAAUGGUGGAAUUGCGUGAUGAAGAGCCUGAGGUCUCUCCUCUUCCACUUUUUGUUUUUGUUCUUCGAGAAGCACAGGUCAUAAGCUUAGUUAAAUUUGGAUCAAUGUGUGAAGAUUGCUAUUUUAAAAAAACAAAAAAAUUGUUA